AUGUCCGCCAGCUCCUUGCCCAACACCAUGUCCUUCCUCUGCUACUCCGCGAUGCUCAGCUUCUCCUCCGAGUCCCAGGUGGACCCGCCCCUCUGGAGCAACCCAGUGCACCCUCCGGUGCAGUGCCCUUGCGUUGACGAGUGCUGCGCUUUCACUACCCGCUGCAUGAUCUGCGACCCCAGAUGUGGGUCUGUGGAUUGGGACAAGUGCGGGUGCAUGCCGAAGCGCCCCAACCCCCGGAGCCAGCUGUACCUGCUGUGGCGCUCGCGGUACAACGGCCAGCAGCCGGACCUGACCACGGUGCUGCGUCCCUACAUGGACCUUGCCACCACCAACAGUGUGGAGGAUGAUAACGAAGGCAUCACGGGCAAGUUUAUGGACCUCCUGGAGCAGGGUGGGCUCUUCACCCGAGACGAUCCCGAGCAGGAGAGUCGAUGCUGGAAGGUGUCAACACCGCUGCGGUGCAGGAAAAGCUGA